UUGUCUCUCGGCUUUCAAAUCAGCUGGCGACUGUUCYUCAAAAACAUACAAGYACUAGAGAAAAAUACUUGUAUGGAGARGCURACGGACGCAAUUUCUAUCGACGAURUCAAAGAAGUUAAGGAGAUAUUGAAAUAUGUCGAUUCAAGSGCWGUUUUACAUACUCAUGUCUCGGACUGCGAGAGCGCGGUUGUUUUAACAUCUGAGGAUUUUCAAGAUGCUUUCACCCAGGCUGCUUUUUGCGGCUCUCUGAAAAGCCUUCAGGCUUURAGAGAAUAUGUUUCAGAUAUUAACGGACUUGGGAGACUGAGAAACUGGUGCCCAGACUAUCCCGUCAGUCCACUGCGAGCUGCCGUGGAAAGCGACAACGUGGAGUGCGUAGGUUGGCUUUGUUCUCAAGGCGCUGACACAAAAUAYCGUGAAUGUGUGUGUAGUCUCUUCUACAGCGAUUUUAUUUCUACGUCUUGUUUYCGUAACUWCUGUUCCGUAUCAUGCUACGUACCGCUACACUUUGCGCGUUCUAGCGCAUGUGUAGAAAUCCUCCUUAAACACGGAGCUGAAAUAAACGCGCAAGAUUGCAUGAGUAAGACCCCUUUGUCCAUGGCAACGCUUCACGGGCGUCUAGAUGUCAUGGAAACGCUGUGCAUCCACGGCGCCAAGGUGGGUCUUGGAAGUGUUUGGGGCGCAACACCGCUUGUCUACGCGCAAUACGCCUCAUCCAAGAAAGACCGAGUCGCCGCCACGGAAAUUCUUUGUCGUCAUGGAGCGGAUGUUAAUUUCCAAGAUCGUAAUGGUAGAACUGCAUUGCACGUAGCAAAAGAUGUCGAUUGUGUACGUAUUUUAUUAGCCUAUGGAGCCGAUCCCAGCAUUGAAACAAUCUUUGGUAAAACUCCAAUUGUUACUGCAGCUGAAGGGGAAUUGUGGGACAUAGUGUGGCUCCUAUACGAUUCGCAGGUCAAAGCUAACGUCGGCCUUCUAUCAAGGGGGGUGUCGCUUUUUUCUUGCCUCCCCCUAGAUGUUCUAUCGCUGUUACUUAAAGCAGCCAAUAACGUUAGAGAGUUAACACACCUGUGUCGGUCUGUUAUUCGUUCGCAAUUACUACGCAAAUAUAGCAACGUUGAUGAAGCUAUUGCGUGCUUACCUCUACCCCCUAAGAUUAAAUUAUACAUAGGACUAUGGUAUCACAUAAAUAAUAGUUAAUGUUACAACUUAACACUUCAUCAAAU